AUGUUAUCAAUGGUAUCAAUGUACGAUGUCCUGAAUAGGUUUGUAAUAUUGUUAGAACCAAUUAUUGAUUUUUUAGAUGAAAAAAAACAAACAUAUCCGCAAUUAAAGGAUAAAGAAUGGCUCUGUGAUUUAAUGUUCUUCACUGAUACAAUGGAGCAUUUAAAAAAAUUAAAUUCAUUGUUGCAAGGUAAGGACAAGAAUAUCUCAGAGUUGAGUCAAAGCAUUUUCAGUUUUAAAAGAAAGAUACAACUUUUUGAACAAGACGUAAUGGAUAAGACAUUCAAUCACUUUCCUCGAUUAAAGGAAGCUGCUUCAGAAUAUGAUAUUUCUUUAACAGUCAUCAUUAAUUAUCAGACAAAAUUAAAAAACCUGUACAACGAUUUUGAAGAUCGAUUUACGGAUUUAGUUGCACUGAAACCAUCAAUUGCAUUUUUGUUAAAUCCGUUUGAAAUUGAUAUCCAUAAUAAUGGUUUUAAAUUAUUAAAAUGUUUACUACCAGAGACGGCUUCCGGAGAAAUAGAAUUAAUUGACAUGCAAGAAGAUCAAGGUCUCCACAUGUUACACAAAUCGGCAAAAUCAGUAAAUGAAUUCUGGAAAUGUGUACCAGCAGUUAAAUACAACAAUUUAAAAAUUGCAGCUUAUCGAUUACUAUCAAUAUUUGGAUCAACAUAUGAUGUCGAAUCAUUGUACUCAACAAUGAAACUAAUUAAAUCUAAGUUUCGUUCACAAUUGACUAACCAACAUUUAAAGGAAUUAAUAAGAUGUUCAACUACCAAUUAUCAACCUGAUUUUCAAAAAUUAACUUUUACAUUACAAACUCAUCAACCUUCAACUAGUAAGAAAUAA